CAAUGUCUUGUGAACCUAAAUUUUUUUUUUCAGGCUGCUGCCCCGAACCCCGAAAUUUUAGUUGGUCCCCUAUAUUUUGAUCCUCGUUUCGCCCCUUGCUAAAUGUUUGAUUUAGAAUUGGUAUCGGUCGCUAACUUCGGUUUCUAUAAUUUAAGUUCGAUGAGCAAAAGGACGAUUUUGUAUUACGUUGCUGAUGUACAUCUUAGCAACAGAUCUAUCGUUCGUGGUUAAUUUCUGUCACUAAACAACAAUUUUGGAGUAGUGGAUUGGCAUUACAGCAUGUAAUAUUAUUUAUGUAAUUGUUUGUGGGAAGCAUGUAGGAGAAAAAAAUUAAUAUACUUCAUCAUAAUUCAUAAGCCUUAGCCGAAGUCUUCUUAGCAUCUAACCACCAGUAUAAAUACUAAUGCAUUUCAUCACAUUCUCCAUUGCAACAAAAAAAACUUGUUCACUCCCUCAUAUAAUUUUCCAUAGUUGAAAAGAUAGAUAAGAGGAUUAGAUAUGGCAGCUUAUGCCGCUCUAGUUUCUCUUUUGAAUACUAUGGAUCACAUCCAAAAUCAUCCUCGCCUUUCAAUUUCUCUUGACAAAAAACAGGCUGAAUCUCUUGGCGAAGAGAUUGAUUUCUUGAUCGAUUUCAUUGAAGCCGGCUAUUCUCGUGGAGUUACAUGCAAGGAAGCACAAGUUCUUGAGAGCCAAAUUGCAUCAGCAGCCUAUGCGGCUGAAGAUGUAAUUGAAUCUCAUAUAGUCGACCAAAUUCAUGCGGGUAUGAUUUCUCUGCUCGAUCUCCAGACCGUUUUGGAAGGCAUGGAUUCGAUCAAGAAAGAGGUUAUGCAGUUCAAAGAGGAAUGCGGAUCCAAAGAGUCGAUGCCUACUACUACUUCAACGAGACCACGUAAUUAUCGGCGACAAGAAUAUAAUACUUUGGUCGGUUUUGAAGAAGAGUUUACUCAACUCAUGGAGAGUCUAGUUGGAGAGACAUUCGAUCGGAAAAUCAUCUCAGUCGUUGGCAUCGGCGGUAUUGGUAAGACUACACUUACCAAACGUGUUUAUGAACAAUCAUUUACUGCGCAAUAUUUUGAAAUUCGUUCUUGGGUUCUUGUCUCUGAAAAUUAUAAUCUCACCGACAUUCUUUUACAACUUCUUUCUAUGCGACGUAGUCAACUCGAUAGUGAAACUGAUGAGGAAUUAGGAGAACUAUUAUACGUAAGGCUAAUGGAUUGUAGGUAUUUGAUUGUAUUGGAUGACAUUUGUUGUGUCGAAGCAUGGGACAAGUUAAAAAGGUAUUUACCAAAUAACUACAAAGGAAGUAGGAUUAUCGUAACAACAAGGAUAAGAAAUGUGUCUAUUCAUCUUGGCUUUCCAUGCAUUGAGUUGAAUUUUCUAGAUGAGGAUAAAAGUUGGGAACUAUUUUGUGAAAAGGCAUUUAGUCAAGCCGAUUGCCCUCUUGAACUCGAGAAUAUCGGAAGGGAAAUUUGUAGAAAAUGCAAAGGACUUCCUCUUUCGAUUGUUGUGGUUGGUGGUCUUCUUGGAAGGUCAUACAAUACGCAAGAAUACACGAAAAGUAUUGCAAUAGAUUUACUCUCGACUUUGAAUUCUGCAUUAGACGAGGAUUGCUUGAAUAUAUUAUAUUUGAGUUAUACUUAUAUGCCUGUCCAUCUUAAACCAUGUUUUCUUUACAUGGGAGUUUUUCCAGAGGAACGUGUGAUUCAUGUCUCUAGACAUAUCAAAUUCUGGGUUGCUGAGGGUUUUAUAAGACCUAAUAAAACCCAAAGCUUAGAAGAGAUUGCAAAAGAUUACUUAAGUGAUCUAAUUGACAUGAAUCUCAUUGUCAAGCAUAAAUCGGGGUUGAAUGGAGAAAUUAGGUAUUGUAUAAUGCAUGAUCUAUUGAGAGACUUGUGUCUAAAAAUAGCCCAUGAGGAAAAGUUUAUAUGUACCAUUGAAUCCAUUCCACGAGGUGUGGAUAAGGAACGCCGCAUUGUAAUCAAUGAAAUACUUCCAGAAGAGGAGUUCCAAUCUCGAGUCUUUCCCGCUUUGCAAUCAUCAUCACUCACAACCCGUACUUUAGGAAUGCGGAUCGACAGGUGUCCAUUGCCACUCAACAAUAGAUUGUUGAGAGUAUUCAAAGUGGAUGACCAAUCUGUAGGUAAUGAAAUCGAUUUACAUGAAGAUAUUUUUGAUCAAGUUAACUUGCGGUGUUUUGUUUAUGAAGCAUAUAAUUUGGGAACCUUUAUGUAUGGUGAGCUUCCUUCUUCGGUAUCCCUACUUUGGAAUAUGCAGACGAUAAUUAUCGGAGGGUCAGUCGCAGCUCAAUCUCAAUUUUGGGAGAUGCGACAACUUAGGCAUGUAUACAUCAAUUCUCUAUGGAUUUUCGACCCUCCUCCGAUUGACCAAGAUGAUGAUGACUUUGCUCUGCGGAACCUACAGACGCUUCGGAGGGUAGUAAACCUCACGUGGAGUGAGGAUGUUUGUAAGAGAGUCCCCAAUGUCAAGAAACUGGAAAUAAUCAUUAAUUCUGAUGUGGGGAGCACAGAUGAGUAUUGUCUCUCCAAUCUUGACCGCUUGAGUAAACUUGAAUCGUUUAUUUGCUCAUAUAACCAGCCGGAUGGUUGUCCAGGUAUUGAUCUACUGCAGAACCUCACUUUCUCAAGUUCAAUAAGAAAGUUGACUUUAAGUGGUUGUGCGAUGUUUCUGGAGAAUUUGACAGUGAUUGGUUCAUUGCCCCAUCUUGAAGUUCUCAAACUGAUAACUAUUACGUUCGUACAAGUUGACUGGGUUCCUGUCGAGGGGGAAUUCCUUCGCCUGAAAUACCUGUUAAUAUGGUCGUGUAGUGAUUUGUUUUCUUGGAGUGCAGAGCGGUCCCAUUUUCCGGUCCUAGAGAAACUUGUGUUCAAACGAAUGCAUGAAUUAGAUGAGAUACCAUUAGAUAUUGGAGAAAUACCGACACUUGGAGUUAUUCAUUUGGAAUGUUGCAGCGAGUCUUUGGCAAUUUCGGUAAUCAAGAUAGCCCGCGAACAAAAGAGACUCGGGAAUGAGAGACUUCAAGUUCGAGUUGAGUUCGAGAAUGAGUUACAAGUUGAAAACUUUUGGGAUAAUAAUGUGGAUCCAUCGGAGAGAUUCGCAGACAACAAUUUUCAAAUCAAUGUGAACUUUUCUUAGGAUAAAUUAUCACUCUAUUUUUUCUUUUGGGGUUUUUUGUUUGUGUCACUUUUCCAAAAUGAUUUUUUCAUGGGUUUUUAUUUUAGUUUAUAUUGCAUAACGUGGUUUGAUAAUUCAUAAUUCUUUUUCUUUUCUCUC